AUGCAUCCCAUCGUCAAUGAACCCGAUAUGAUUGAGGAUAUUCUUGGCCAAUCACACACUCAAUAUUAUGAUAAACCGGCGGUAUUUACUCGUGUUUUUAAGCCAUUGAUCGGUUCACAUAAUAUUCUGAUGAGUGAAGGUGUCGAACAUGAGCGAGCUCGAAAAAUGCUCAAUCCAGUAUUUUAUUUGCACAAUCUUAAAUCUAUGAUCCCAAUUACGGCUGAUCAAACAGCCAAGACAAUUGAACGAAUACGUACCAUGUCGAAUCCAUCAUCGAUCAAUUUACAGAUGGAACUAACCGCGUUAACAUUAUCAGUUAUCACAUUGUGUGCUUUUGACAAAGGCCUAGAAACAAUGCCUAAUGCCAAUUAA